AUGGGAGGUUAUGAAGAGGAAAACAAAUGGCCUUUAUGGUUGCAACCACUUCUUCAAACCAGUUUCUUUGUUCAAUGCAAAGUCCACUCAGAUUCUCACAAGAGUGAAUGUAACAUGUUUUGUUUGGAUUGUAUUAAUGGAGCCCUUUGUUCUGCUUGUCUUGCUUCUCACAAACAUCACAGAACAAUUCAGAUAAGGCGAUCUUCAUACCAUGAUGUGAUAAGGGUUUCUGAGAUACAGAAAUUUCUGGACAUAACAGAAGUUCAAACUUAUGUUAUAAACAGUGCAAAGAUUGUGUUUUUGAAUGAAAGGCCUCAACCUAGGCCUGGAAAAGGGGUCACCAAUACUUGCCAAGUCUGUGAAAGAAGCCUCCUUGAUUCCUUCAGCUUCUGCUCUCUUGGUUGUAAGAUUGUUGGAACCUCCAAGAAGUUGAGGAAGAAUAAUGGGUCUGAUGGUGAAGAGUCAAUGAAUGGCAUUAGCAAUGGAAGUGGAAGAAACAGAAUUCAUAGCUUUACACCUUCAACACCACCUCCAACAGUGGUGAAUUACAGAUCAGUUAAAAGGAGGAAAGGUGUUCCACAUAGAUCUCCAAUGGGUGGAGGAAUCAUUAUAGAAUACUAA